UCACCAUACUCGUCCCCUUGCCAAGGAACUUCUAUGCAGCAUGUCAGAUAAUCCAGUCAUUCUUGUACUCGAUGGGACUUAUGUAUACCUCCAAAAAAGCGGAAACUUUUCUUUCUCACGUCGUUCCUACAGCACCCACAAACACCGGCCAUUAGUUAAACCGAUGAUGAUUGUAUCAACUUCUGGAUAUAUAAUUUCUGUAUUAGGUCCCUAUCUGGCAGAUUCCAAAAAUUCCGAUGCAAAGAUCUUAAGUCACAUGAUCCAGACAAAUGUAGAGGACAUUAGGAAAUGGGUAGAAGAAGACGAUAUUUUUAUUGUCGACAGAGGUUUCAGAGACGCAGAAGCUUUGCUUGAUGACUUGGGGAUACAUGUUGAAAUGCCAUCCUUUCUGACUCGUCAUUCAAAGCAACAAUCAACAGAAGAAGCCAAUUCAACCAGAUUUGUGACCAAGCUUAGAUGGGUUGUCGAGUCAGUGAAUGGCAGGCUCAAGACAUGGAAUUAUUUGAGCAGGACCAUCCCCAAUACACAGAUACCACAUAUUGGCGAUUAUGUCCGCAUAGUAAGUGCAAUCUGCAACAAGUUUAGACCAGACUUGAGCACUGGAAUUGAGGAGGAAGAUGUUGCCAUGGCUGCAAAAAUGCGAUUUCUUGCAAACGGAGUGAAUGAGUUAAAGGAUUAUGUUGAGACAAGUGGUUUAGAGAAGCGGAGCAUAAGAUGGAAGAAGAUAGACUCCCAUGAUGUAGUCUUCCCUCAUUUGACAGAGGAGGAAAUACGCCAGUUAACCUUAGGUGUGUACCAAAUAAGAUUGGCAAAGUCAUAUGCAUAUGAACAUUUUAUGGAAGGAAGGUAUGAAAUUUUCAUCAGUGAUGACUUUGAUGGAAUCCUGUGUGCCAAGAUUCAAAGUAGACACAUUUCCGCAAAGAAAUACUUACUCUGGAUAAGACAUGAUGAUAUCAGUAUCAAAUCUUGGUUUUGCAAAUGUAAAGUUGGUACAAGAGUUGUGGGCAUGUGUGCUCAUAUUACCAGUGUGAUUUGGUUCUUGGGUCUUGCUCGUCAUGAGGAGAGUGGUGUCUGUGGUGUGCGCGAUUGGUGUAGUUCUGUUGAGGAUGCUGCUGCACUCCCAAUUGAUGAAUCAGAAAGUGAGGAAGAAAAUGAAGAAAGAUGUUCCAUAACAGAAGAGGAGUGAAUUUCAAAGUGACUCAUCAGUCAAUAAAUCAGUCAACAAAACAUGUUUGGUAGGAGAAUUUUUCUGAAAUUUAGUGUAUGAUAUCUGUAAAAAUUAGUGAUGAUUACAAAGUACCUGAAUGUGUAUAUUGCUGUUUUGAGUUCAUACCUAAAUGCAAGUAUAUUGUUGAUUGAUUUAUUUCUACAAUUAUUUUGAUUGCAAUUUAAGAUUAUAAGCAAAUCAAUUUAUGACAAAGUUGCAAUAUCAAAUGAUUUAUUGAAUAUUGACAACCAUUAUAUAAAACCAUAUAUGUGUAAAAUAAGAAUGUCAGAAUCACAUUGUCUAGAGGCUUAUUUAGUAAUGACAUGCUCUUUGAUUUCAAGCUGUAUAAAGUAUAAUGGAUGUGCUUUUCAAUAAUUGGUAUUGUAUGUAUACAACAAAUAUUGUUCAAACGCUGUAUACAUUUUGUUCAUAAUUGUGUCUCAUUGAAAUGAAAUACAUGUAUAGGGAUAACCUCAUUUUCUUUUACCCCUCUAUUUAUAUGCUUGUUUAUCUUUUAACUUGUAAAGUAUACUACUCUCAUAAAUACAUAGCAUAUCUUUACUAUAAAAUUAAAAAUAUUUUAAAGUUAAACAUUUUCAAAGCAAUUCAUAUCAAUAUUGCCUAUUUUUGGGCAUUGUACCACUGUAUUUGAGAUCAAACUGUAAAAAUGAACAAUGUGUUAUACUUUGAAAAAAAUAUUUUAAUUAAACCUCCAUGGAGUCCAGACCAC